CCAAUCAAUCAAUCAAUCAAUCAAAGACAAAAUACCUUCUCAACUCCAACUUCCAAUUUCAUUUUCCGAAUUCAUUUUAUAACCGAUUUAUCCAAAAUUUUGAAAUACUACGUUUUAUAUAUCCUGUAUAUAUAUAAUUAUAUUAGACUUUUAGAGACAGAUAUAGAUAUAGAUUUGCAUAUACAUAUAUAGAUACAGCUGGGGUUUUGAAUCGGAGAUGAGUUCACAGAAGAAGAGGAAUUUCCAGAUUGAAGCGUUUAAGCAUCGAGUUGUUGUGGAUCCGAAAUAUGCGGAGAAAACAUGGAAGGUUUUAGAACACGCGAUUCAUGAGAUUUAUAAUCAUAACGCCAGUGGCCUUAGCUUUGAAGAGCUUUACAGAAAUGCGUACAACAUGGUCCUGCACAAAUUUGGAGACAAGUUAUACUCUGGACUUGUAUCGACCAUGACUUCACAUUUAAAAGAAAUAGCAGCAGCAGUUGAAGCAUCUCAAGGGGCUUUGUUUCUAGAAGAGUUGAACAAAAAAUGGAUGGAACACAACAAAGCAUUGCAAAUGAUAAGAGACAUAUUAAUGUACAUGGAUAGAACUUACAUUCCAAGUAAUCACAAAACUCCGGUUCAUGAGCUUGGCCUGAACUUAUGGAGAGAUCACAUUAUUCACUCCAAAAAUAUCCAAAUGAGGUUAAAAGAUACACUCCUGGAAAUCGUGGAGAGGGAAAGAGGCAGUGAAGUUAUUAACCGAGGUUUAAUGAGAAACAUAGUGAAAAUGCUAAUGGACCUUGGUCCAUCUGUUUACCAAGAAGACUUUGAGAAGCCAUUUCUUGAUGUCUCAACCAACUUUUACCGUGGGGAAUCUCAGCAGUUUAUUGAAUGCUGUGAUUGCGGGGAUUAUCUAAAAAAAGCUGAGAAACGUUUGAAUGAAGAGAUUGAACGAGUGUCACACUACUUAGAUGCUAAGAGUGAGGUGAAGAUAACAAAUGUGGUGGAGAAGGAGAUGAUUGAAAGUCAAAUGAGCAGAUUAGUUUACAUGGAGAACUCUGGCUUGGUUAAUAUGAUUGUGGAUGACAAAUAUGAAGAUAUGGGCAGGAUGUACAACUUAUUCCGUAGGGUACCUAAUGGUCUAACGUUAAUCCGUGACGUGAUGACUUCUCACAUUCGGGAAACUGGUAAACAACUGGUGACUGAUCCCGAAAAGUUAAAAGAUCCCGUGGACUUUGUACAACGCCUAUUGGAUGAAAAAGAUAAACAUGAUAAAAUCAUUAAUCUUGCAUUUAACAACGAUAAAACGUUCCAAAAUGCUCUAAAUUCUUCGUUUGAAUAUUUUAUUAAUUUGAACCCCCGGUCCCCGGAAUUCAUCUCCUUGUUUGUUGAUGACAAGCUCAGGAAAGGACUGAAAGGGGUUAGUGAAGAGGAUGCAGAGAUAGUCUUAGACAAGGUGAUGAUGCUCUUUCGUUAUCUACAGGAGAAAGAUGUAUUUGAAAAGUAUUACAAGCAACAUCUGGCAAAAAGGCUUCUUUCGAGUAAGAGUGUGUCUGAUGACGCAGAGAGAAGCUUGAUACUGAAGUUGAAAACAGAAUGUGGGUACCAAUUUACUUCAAAAUUGGAAGGUAUGUUCACCGACAUGAAGACUUCUCAGGAUACAAUGCAAGGUUUCUAUGAAGCCAUGGGACCUGUAUUAGGCGAUGGACCCACACUCGAUGUACAUGUUUUAACCACUGGCUCUUGGCCGACUCAGUCCAGCACCGCGUGCAACCUUCCUCCCGAAAUCCUAGCAGUUUGUGAAAAGUUCAGGACGUAUUACCUUGGGACCCACAAUGGACGUAGGUUAACAUGGCAAACAAACAUGGGUUCUGCAGAUAUUAAAGCUACAUUUGGGAAAGGGCAGAAACACGAGCUAAACGUUUCUACAUAUCAAAUGUGUGUUCUGAUGCUUUUCAACAAUGCAGAUCGGUUGAGUUAUAGAGAAAUUGAACAGGCGGUUGAGAUUCCCACCAUGGAAUUAAAAAGGUGUUUGCAGUCCUUGGCUUGUGCAAAGGGAAAGAAUGUUUUGAGGAAAGAACCAAUGAGCAAAGAUAUCAGUGAAGAUGAUGACUUCUUCUUUAAUGAUAAGUUCUCAAGCAAGUUUUAUAAAGUGAAGAUAGGUAUGGUGGUGGCGCAGAAGGAAUCAGAACCUGAAAAGUUAGAAACGAGGCAGAGGGUGGAGGAAGACAGAAAGCCUCAGAUCGAAGCGGCUAUUGUUAGAAUUAUGAAAGCGAGACGGGUGCUGGAUCACAACAAUAUUGUGGCUGAGGUUACAAAACAAUUACAGUCUAGAUUCCUACCAAAUCCAGUAGUUAUAAAGAAAAGAAUCGAGUCUCUUAUUGAAAGGGAGUUCUUAGAGAGGGACAGAGAAGACAGAAAGUUGUAUCGAUAUUUGGCUUGAAGGAAAAAGAAGCGCUUGAUUACUGUUAUGUCAAUUAUGUAGUUUCAUUAUGUUUUGGGUGGUGGAAAAUGGGAUUAUUCUUGAAAUGAUAGUUUCGUUUUGAUACUUGAUAUAUAGUAUGAUUUCGUUUUAUGCAAAAAUAUAUUGCAUUUUAUUGUGAGUAUUACAUUGUUUUGAAA